AUCCGACCUAUUAGGCAGUUAGCACGGCUAUUAAGAAGUGGGAGGGAGAAGCGAACAAGAAACCAAGCAGGUGCGCGCGAUCGAAGCAGCGAAAGAACACGAUCGUGCGAUCGCGCGAGGAAGUCGCGAACGAGCGGAGCAUCCGCGUGCGCGCUAGAAACCGUGCGUGACCAAAAGUCGUUUUAGGUAUUUCAUCAAAGAAAGUGACUUCCAAAGAGAGAAAGAGGCUACUCUUCAGAAUAAAAUGAAUCUGGUUGAGGUAAACCGAUGUGAGGAGUUAUCAAGUCUAAAUGAGAAGUUUUUUGCACAAACAUCCUCAAGCAAUCGAUCUUCACCCGUUUCUGCUUCUACUGAUGACAUAUUUGGAGAUCCCAUAUUAUCCCCUUGCGUAGGGGAUGAUUACCAGGUGGAAAUUCCAUCCAUGUUGGUCGACUCCCUACACCUUCGUGCCUCUGAAUUACCGUGCAAAACUGGGUUGAGCAUCCCAAUAAUGUGGGUGCACACAGAUGAUGCCAAAAGAGAACUAAAAGAUUAUUGCACUUCUUUGGGGAGUAGAUGCUUAUCUAAUGGUUUCAAUCACAGCCACUUGCCUUCUUUAUGUUCAGUAUUAAAAGCUGAAAUAAUGCAGAUUAAUGAGUGCAAUGGAUGCAGUCCUUUACCUGAAUCUCGAGUUUCUUUAUGGAGUGAGGAGGAGAUACAGAGUUUUCUCCUUGGUCUGUACAUUUUUAGAAAAAAUCUGGUUCAAGUGAAGAAAUUUAUUGGGUGCAAGGAUAUGAAAGAUGUUCUAUCCUUCUAUUAUGGAAAAUUCUAUCGCUCUGAGGCCUAUCACAGAUGGGCAGAUUGCAGAAAGUCAAGGAGCAGAAAAUGCAUACAGGGGCAGCGAAUUUUUACUGGGUGGAGACAACAGGAACUACUGUCACGCUUACUGAUGGGAAUGCCAAAGGAAGAACAAGACUUGCUGAUAGAGGCCACUAAGGCUUUCAAUGAGGGAAAAUCUUCAUUGGAGGAGCUUGUUUUUACUCUAAAGGCUGCAGUUGGCGUCGUUGCUCUGGUAGAAGCCGUCGCCAUUGGUAAGGGCAAGCAAGACCUCACCGGCUUCAUGCUCGAUCCCAACAGAACUAAUCAACCAAUCCUUUCACGCGCCGCCGAAAUACCCACCGGCAAAGCCUGCUCCACCCUCGCUUUGAACGACAUCAUCAAAUUUCUCACCGGUGAUUUCAGACUCAGUAAAGCAAAAUCGAAUGAUCUGUUCUGGGAAGCCGUCUGGCCUCGUCUUCUCGCUAGAGGUUGGCAUUCUGAAACUCCCAAGCAUUUUUGUACCAAAAACACCAUCGUAUUUCUCAUCCCGGACGUACGAAAAUUCUCGAGGAAGCUGGUGAAAGGUGAUCAGUAUUUCGAUUCGGUGAUGGAUGUUUUGAGUAAAGUGGCAUCCGAUCCUCAGCUUCUUGAGCUGACAACUGAAGGAGAGGAAGGCAAUGUCAUUGCCAAUGGUGAGAGCCUAACAGCAGCCUAUAAUCACCGCCAUCCUUCUUAUCUCCGUUCAAGGUUUGCCGACUGUAAUGCUGAUUUCAUCAAAUUUACUGUGGUGGACACUAGUUUGGUUGAUGUUGCAGCUGGCUCUUCUAAGCUGAGGGGACUGCGCAGCUUACCUUUCGAAGUAGCUGGUCACACUAAUAUGGAAAAAACUAAUUGUGACAGCUCCACUGAACACUCUACCGAUUCUUUUUCAAGCAACAAGGUAUCCUCAGACCAACCUGAAAGUUUGCCUAAUGAUUCAAAGCCGGAGGGAGGAAAUAUACAGCUGAACGAAACAAUUCAGAUAGCGCCAUUAUUGAAGCGACAGAGACUAAGUGCUUGUAAGCAAGCAAUGAGAAAUGGCUGCCAUAAGUUAUUUGCGGAGAAGAUAGACUCUGACUCUGACAUGAAAGCAGUCGAAACUUCAGAGAAAGCAUCAUCCACUAAAUCAUCUGGCUCUUCAUUUGAAGAUAGCUUUUAUCAUGAGAAGCGUCCGCGAGCUCUCUUCGAUUUAAACCAGCCUCAGUUUCCGCUGGACUUUGACAUGGAGCCCAUGUACCGAACUUCCAAACCGCAGAGUUUUGAUGGUUUUAGGAUAGCUUGGAAUCAAAACAGCAGUGCUGAUGAGGAACCAUCUUCUAAUGCCCAAAGGCAUGGUAACCGGAACAGGCUGCCAACUGCGAAGGCGCUCGAAGCUUUCGCUUGUGGAUUUUUAAGCGUCGGGCGAAUCGGAAAGGAAGUAAAGAGAACUCGGCUGCAUGGUAUUAGGUCAAGAUCUCGCCGGAAAGCUGAAGCCCCGUUGCCCUCAACUGCCAUCUUCGCAGCUACAGCUCCAACCAUCGAUUUUAUUGAUCCUAAUCUUGUAAUCCCUGAAGUUAGAUAUCAUACUAACUUGUUUGCAGAGCCACAGAUUAAAUGUGAGAGGACGGAGGCUCAUGAGUUGCUUGGCCUGUUCUAAGCUUUUCAGGCAAUCAGUCAUAGAGAAUGGUAGGAAAUCCCCAUUACUGAAUGUGGCUUCUCUCUCAAUCUCAUCUCCAUCAUCAGCGGAGUCUGUCUCCGGUUUUCCUGGAAUGAAGGAGACUGAAAAGGAACUAUGAAAUCUGCGGGAUUAGCA